AUGGAAGACGACGGGGACGAAGAAGAUAAAUUGGGAAAGUCGAAAAAACAGGCAGAGGCUCUAGCUGAGAGUGCUUGCCGAAGCGCGGCAGAAAACAGUGGUGUCAGAUCAGCCAGCGAUACGUGAGU